CUGCCGCCUCUCGUCCCCGAAGAGUCUGCUGUAGAUGUUUCGGUGGAAUCUCUGCCCCCGAUGGAGGAGAGCAAGGAGGAGAUAAUGAUCCCACCCAGCCCUGUGGAGCAAGAAGUGGAUUUGAAACCUUGCAUCCGGAACCGCGUUGCACUGACCGGCCUGAGAGAGGAGAUGUGGACCGAAGAGCACGAGGCCACGAUGGACCAGUUCCUGAAGGACGUCUCCAAGCAGUUGCUUGUGCUCUACAUUGACGAAUGUGCUGGCCUGAAAGUGGAGUUGCUCAUGCCCUAUCAGGAGCAGAAGCAGGUCUCCUAUUUCAUCCGUCAGGAGAAUGCGGAAAUCACCGAGGAGAAUUUCCACGAGGUCGUGCAGUUCGGCACGGUCCGGAGCCCGUACAUUGAUUCCCUGAUGCGCAUGCUCAGUGCCAUCUAUCUGCCCCGGCUCUUUCGCAAGGCAUCCUGGCCUGAAAGCAUCAAGAAUGAAUUUUUCUCAGAAGUUUACCACUUCAUGACCUCCCUCACAGACACCCGCUUCAGAAUGCGGGGCCGCACCACCCUCUACAUCCCGAUCGAGUCCCUGAUCAUAAAGACGGAGGUGGCCGUAAAGGACAAAGCCCUGGUUCAGCGGCUGGAGACUUCCAUGAUUCACUGGACCCGGCAGAUCAAGGAGGUACUGAGAGCCCAGGAGGCGGUGGAGAGCAGGGAGAGCUCGGGCCCCCUGGAGGAGAUCGAGUUCUGGCGGAACCGCUGCACGGACCUCUCCGAGAUCAGCAAGCAGCUCUGCCAGCAAGGGGUGAAGCAUGUCGAGGCCAUCCUGGCCCUCUCGAAGUCCUCCUAUGUGGGCCCCUUCCAGCGGCUUGCCAGGCAGAUCCAGGACGGGUCGGAGCAAGCCCAGUCCAACCUCCGGUUCCUCUCGAUCCUGAAAGAGCCGUUCCAGGAACUGGCCACCCUGCGGCCCAAGGACAUCCCGGAAAAGCUGCCCCACCUCAUCAGCCUCGUCCGAAUCGUGUGGGUCAACUCCCCGUACUACAACAGCCGAGAGAGGGUAACGGCGCUCUUCCGGAAGGUCUGCGACAGCCAGCAUCACUUUGCGCGCUGGGAGGAUGGCAAGCAGGCGCCGCUGCCCUGCUUCUUCGGCCAGCGGGGGCCCCAGAUGGCCCGCAGCCUGCUGGAGAUCGAGGAGACCUUCCACAAGCACCUGAGCAACCUGCGGAGCGUGAAGGGCGGGAUCCUGGACGUGAAGAAUGCCUCCUGGCAUGAGGACUUCAACCGCUUCCGUGCCGGGGUCAAGGACCUGGAGGUGAUGACGCAGAACCUGAUCAGCUCAGCCUUCGAGACCGUGAGGGAUGUGGAGCGAGGCGUGGAGAUCCAGGACAUCUUCCACCACCUGUCCUCGCGGGAGGCCAUCAAGCGGACCUUCGACAAGAAGACCGUCGACAUCUACAUGCUGUUCAACCGGGAGCUUUCGCUGGUCAACAAAGAGCUCAGCAAGAAGGUCCCGUUCCUGCCGCCGCACAUGUGCCACUACUCGGGCCUGGCGCACUGGAUGCACGCCCUGCGGCGGCGGGUGGACAAGCCCAUGCAGUGCCUCACCAAAGCCCACUUCAUCCCCCACAUCGGGACCGGGGAGGAGAGCUUCCAGAGCUACCAGCUGCUGGUGCAGGCCAUGGACGAGAUGGAGAGGAAGACUUUCCACGGGUGGACCCAGACCUUGGACAAGGACUGCCUGAAGCGCCUGGACACCCCUCUGCUCGUCCUGAGCACCGAGAAGCCCGGCAUGCUGGACAUCAACUUCGACAAGCACCUGCUCAAGCUGUUUGUGGAGAUUCACUACUGGGAGAGGGUGCUCUUUGAGAUCCCCCACUACGUGGUGGAGGUUUACGAGAGGAAGGAGGACCUGCGCAACCUCCGGGAGAACCUCCUGCUCGUGGCUCGCGACUAUAACAGGAUCAUCAGCAUGCUGUCCACAGAAGAGAGGGGCCUCUUCCGGGAGCGCAUCCGCUACCUCGACCGGAAAAUCCAGCCCGGCCUGAAGAAGCUCCACUGGUCGCUCAAAGGGGCCAGCACCGUCUUCAUCUCGGAGUGCCGGCUGCACGCCAGCAAGGUGCAGAACAUCGUGAACGAGUACAAGGCGGCCACCUUGGCCAUCGCCCGCCGGGCCCAGCAGAUGAGCGAGGCCCUGCUGGUGCGCAUCACGGGCAAACGGGUGUACAACGACCUGGAGUUCGAGGAGGACCAGAAGGGGCACCGGGAGCUGGUGCAGAAGAAGCUGCUCGGCCUGCACGAGAGCAGCGUCGCUGUCAUGCAGCAGACCUACGAGGUCUUCAGGCACGACGGGCCGGAGGUGCAGCAGCACUGGUUCAACUACACGGUCAAGAUGGACAGGAUGAUGGAGGACGCCCUGCGGCUGAACGUCAAGUGGUCCCUCAUGCAGCUCUCCAAGGCCAUCAAUGGGGACGGGAAGGCCAGCCCCAACCCCCUCUUCAGGGUGAAGGUGAUCCUGCAGGACACCUGCCCAGGCCAGGCCCCGCAGGUGGAGUUUUCGCCCACGCUGGCUCAGCUGGCGAGCAUGGUCAACGACCUCAGCUUGCACCUGUUUGCCAGCAUCGCGCUCUUCCGCCACCUGCCAGAGAUCCUCAUCAGGCGCAAGUUUGCCCGGGAUCCCAUCUCUGCGCUUGUGGAACGGGAUGAGGAGAUAAAGAAAAUCCAGCUGCAGAUCAGCAGCGGCAUGCAGAGCAACGCAACGCACCUCCAGGCGUACCUGAAGACCUGGGAUGUGUACCGCGAGAUCUGGGAGGUCAACAAGGACGCCUUUAUCAACCGCUACCGGCACCUCAACCCGCUGGUGUCUUCCUUCGAUGCGGACACGGCCCGGUACAUGGAGGUGGCCAACAACGUCCAGAAGGAGGAGACGGUGCUGAGCAUCCAGUUUGUGCUGCUGGACUGCUCCCACCUGAAGGCGGCCGUGGUCCAGCACUGCAGCGACUGGCAGGGCAAGCUCACCGGCCUGCUGAACGAGAUGGCCGGCAGCCGCCUGCGCGAGCUGCACGCCUACCUGCAGGAGAACGCCGCCGGCGUCAGCCGCCCCCCGCAGACCCUGGAGGAGCUCGGCCGGAGCCUGCAGCUGCACGAGACGCUGCAGAACGAGCUGCCCAAGAUCGAGGGGCAGAUCCCGCCCAUCCACGAGCAGUUCGCCAUCCUCGCGAAGUACGAGGUGGCUGUGGAGGAGGAGGUGCUGCAGCUGCUGGGUGAGCUCAACGCCGAGUGGCUGUCCUUCCAGCAGUGCCUCCUGGACAGCGAGGCCAUGCUGAAGAAGCACAAGGAGAAGUUCAAGACGGGGCUCAUCCACUGCGCGGAUGACUUCAAGAAGAAGGCCCAGAACCUGCUGCAGGACUUUGGCUCCAAUGGCCCCUUCACCAGCACCUUGUCUGCCGAAGCCGCCCUGAGCCAGAUUGCCGCCAUGAGGCAGCUGCUGGCCACCCUGAAGGAGGAGGAGAACACGCUCCGCUCCAACCUGGGCAUUUUCAAGAUCGACCAGCCUGCCUCGAAGGACCUGCAGAAGCUGGAGAGGGAGCUGGACUACAUCCAGCAAGUGUGGGAAAUCUCGAAGGAGUGGGAGGACCACUGGAACGAGUGGAAGACGGGGAGCUUCAAGACGCUGCGGACGGAAGUGAUGGAGAGCACGGCCUUCGCCCUGUACCGGAAGCUCAAUAAGCUGAGCAAGGAGCUCAAGGAUCGGAACUGGGAGAUCAUCGAGACCUCCAAGCUGAAGAUCGAGCAGUUCAAGCGGACGAUGCCCCUGGUCACGGACCUCCGGAACCCCGCCUUGCGGGAGAGGCACUGGGACCAGGUGAAGGAUCUGGUCCUCCGGACAUUUGACCAGGAUGCGGAGGAUUUCAGGCUGGAAAACAUCGUCGAGCUGGGCCUGGACAAGCAUGUGGAGCAGGUCGCGGAGAUCUCUGCCUCGGCCACCAAGGAGCUGGCCAUCGAGCAGGCCCUCGAGAACAUCUCCCGGACCUGGGACGUGACCACUCUGGAUAUCAUACCCUACAAGGACAAGGGGCACCACCGAGUCAGGGGCACCGAGGACGUUUUCCAGGCGCUGGAUGACAACCAGGUGGCCUUGUCCACCAUGAAGGCCUCGCGCUUCGUGAAGCCCUUCGAGAAGGACGUGGACCUCUGGGAGCGCUGCCUCUCCCUCAUCCUGGAGGUGAUCGAGAUGGUGCUGACGGUGCAGCGGCAGUGGAUGUACCUGGAGAACAUCUUCCUGGGCGAGGACAUCCGCAAGCAGCUGCCCGGCGAGUCCGCCUCCUUCGACAGGAUCAACAGCAGCUGGAAGAGCAUCAUGGACCGCUUCGUCAAGGACAGCAACGCCCUGCGUGCCACGCACUACCCAGGGCUGCUGGACAAGCUGGUGGAGAUGAACGGCGUGCUGGAGGAGAUCCAGAAGUCCCUCGACAUGUACCUGGAGACCAAGCGGCACAUGUUUCCCCGCUUCUACUUCCUGUCCAACGACGACCUGCUGGAGAUCUUGGGCCAGUCGCGCAACCCGGAGGCCAUCCAGCCCCACCUCAAGAAGUGCUUCGACAACAUCAAGUCCCUCAAGAUCCAGAAGAUUGGCACGACCAGCCGGUCCGAAGCCCUGGGCAUGUACUCCCUGGACGGCGAGUACGUGGACUUCACGCACGCCGUGCUGCUGGAAGGGCCGGUGGAGGACUGGCUGUGUGACGUGGAGCGGGCCAUGCGCUGGACGCUGCGCGAGGUGCUGCGGAGCUGCCGGCUGGCCCUGAAGAAGAUGCUGGGCAAGCGGGACAAGUGGGUGAAGGAGUGGCCCGGCCAGAUGGUGAUCACGGCAAGCCAGAUCCAGUGGACGGCAGACGUGGGCAAGUGCCUGGCCACGUGCAAGGAACGCGGGGACAAGAAGUACCUCAAGGCCAUGAAGAAGAGGCAGGUGUCCAUGCUCAACAAGUACUCGGAGGCCAUCCGGGGCAACCUGACCAAGAUCAUGCGGCUGAAGAUCGUGGCACUGGUGACCGUGGAAGUCCACGCCCGGGAUGUGAUCGAAAGGCUCUACAAGAGCGGCCUGAUCGACGUGACGUCCUUUGAGUGGCUCAGCCAGCUGCGGCUCUACUGGGAGAAGGACCUGGACGACUGUGUGAUUCGGCAGACCAACACCCAGUUUGCGUACGGCUAUGAGUACCUGGGGAACUCGGGGCGCCUGGUCAUCACUCCCCUCACGGACAGGUGCUACAUGACGCUGACCACGGCCCUGCACCUGCACCGGGGCGGCUCCCCCAAGGGCCCCGCAGGCACGGGCAAGACCGAGACAGUGAAGGACCUGGGCAAGGCGCUGGGCAUGUACGUGAUCGUGGUGAACUGCUCCGAGGGCCUGGACUACAAGUCCAUGGGGCGCAUGUACUCUGGCCUGGCGCAGACGGGCGCCUGGGGCUGCUUCGACGAGUUCAACCGCAUCAACAUCGAGGUGCUGUCAGUGGUGGCGCAGCAGAUCCUCUCCAUCCUCUCGGCCCUGGCCGCCCACAUGACGCGCUUCGCCUUCGAGGGCCACGAGAUCAACCUGGUGUGGUCCUGCGGCAUCUUCAUCACCAUGAACCCAGGUUACGCCGGCCGCACGGAGCUGCCCGACAACCUGAAGUCGAUGUUCCGGCCCAUCUCCAUGGUCGUGCCCGACUCCACGCUGAUCGCCGAAAUCAUCCUCUUCGGCGAGGGCUUCAACAAUUGCAAGGUCCUGGCCAAGAAGGUGUACACCCUGUACUGCCUGGCCGUGCAGCAGCUGUCCAAGCAGGACCACUACGACUUCGGCCUGCGGGCCCUCACCUCCCUGCUCCGUUACGCCGGGAAGAAGCGCCGCGUGCGGCCGGACCUCGCCGACGAGGAGGUGCUGCUGAUGGCCAUGAAGGACAUGAACAUCGCCAAGCUGACCUCCAACGACGUGCCGCUGUUCAGCGCCAUCAUCCAGGACCUCUUCCCGGGCAUCGAGUGCCCCGCCAUCGACUACGGCAAGCUGAAGGAGGUGCUGGAGGGAGAGCUGCGCGAGAUGGGGCUGCAGCCCAUCCCCUUCACCACCACCAAGGUGAUCCAGCUGUACGAGACCAAGAACUCGCGCCACUCCUCCAUGAUCGUGGGCAACACCGGCAGUGGCAAGACGGUCGCCUGGCGCGCCCUGCAGGCCACCCUCUGCAGCCUGCACCGGGGCGGGGAUCCCUCCGCCAACCUGGUCCGGGAGUACCCCCUGAACCCCAAGGCUGUUUCCCUGGGCGAGCUGUACGGAGAGUACGACCUCAACACCAGCGAGUGGUCGGACGGGAUCCUGUCGAGCGUCAUGCGGGCGGCCUGCGCAGAUGAGAAGCCCGAUGAGAAGUGGAUCCUUUUUGACGGCCCCGUGGACACGCUGUGGAUCGAGAGCAUGAACUCGGUCAUGGAUGACAACAAGGUGCUCACCCUGAUCAACGGCGAGAGGAUCGCCAUGCCCGAGCAGGUCUCGCUGCUCUUUGAGGUGGAGAACCUGGCAGUGGCUUCCCCUGCGACCGUCUCCCGGUGCGGGAUGGUGUACACGGACUACAGCGACCUGGGCUGGAAGCCCUGCGUCUCCUCCUGGAUUGAGAAACGCCCAAAGGUUGAAGCGGAAACCCUGCAGCGCAUGUUUGACAAAUUCACCAACAAGAUCCUGACCUUCAAGAAAGAGAACUGCCAAGAGCUGGUCCCUAUCCCCGAAUACAGCGGUAUCGUGGCUCUGUGCAAGCUGUUCUCAUCCUUGGCUUCCUCAGAGAACGGGCUGAAUCCCGCAGACAGCGAGAACUACUUGACCGUGGUGGAGAUGUACUUUAUCUUCAGCCUGAUCUGGUCGCUGUGUGCCGCCGUGGAUGAGGAGGGCCGUAAGAAAAUCGACAGCUUCCUUCGAGAGAUGGAGGGCUCCUUCCCCAACAAGGACACAGUCUAUGAGUACUACGUGGACCCCAAGCGGAAGCAGUGGGCUUCUUUUGAGGACAUGCUCCCCAAGAUGUGGAGAUACCCACCCAACGCCCCCUUCUACAAGAUCGUCGUCCCCACCGUGGACACGGUGCGCUACAACUACCUCGUCACCGCCCUCAUCUCCCACCAGAACCCGGUGCUGCUGGUGGGCCCGGUGGGCACGGGCAAGACCUCGGUGGCCCAGGGCGUGCUGCAGUCCCUCGACGGCACCAAGUGGGCCGUGCUGGUCAUCAACAUGUCUGCGCAGACCACCUCGAACAACGUCCAGAGCAUCAUUGAGAGCCGCGUGGAGAAGCGCACCAAGGGGGUGUACGUGCCCCUGGGCGGGAAGAGCAUGGUCACCUUCAUGGACGACCUCAACAUGCCGGCCAAGGACACGUUCGGCUCCCAGCCGCCGCUGGAGCUGCUCCGCCUCUGGCUGGACUACGGCUUCUGGUACGACCGGACCAAGCAGACCAUCAAGUACAUCAAGGACAUGUUCCUGAUGGCAGCCAUGGGGCCCCCCGGAGGUGGGCGGACGGUGAUCUCCAGCCGGCUUCAGAGCCGCUUCAACCUGAUCAACAUGACCUUCCCCACGGAUUCACAAAUCCGGCGCAUCUUUGGCACCAUGAUCUACCAGAAGCUGCAGAAUUUUGACGAGGGGGUCAAGCCGAUCGGCAACAUCAUCACGGAGGCGACGGUGGAGCUGUACAACAGCGUGGUCCAGAGGUUCCUGCCCACCCCGGCCAAGAUCCACUACCUCUUCAACCUGCGUGACAUUUCCAAGGUGUUCCAGGGCAUGCUGCGGGCCCACAAGGACUUCCACGACACCAAGCCCAGCCUGACACGCCUCUGGAUCCACGAGUGCUUCAGGGUCUUCUCCGACCGCCUGGUGGACGCUGUGGACAUGGAGACCUUCGUGGCCCUCUUGAGUGAGAAGCUGGGCACCUUCUUCGACCUGACUUUCCACAACCUCUGCCCCAACAAGCGCUCGCCCAUCUUCGGGGACUUCAUGCGCAAUGUGUACGAGGACAUGACCGACAUGGGCGUCCUGAAGGCAGAGAUGGAGCGGGCGCUGGGUGACUACAACCGGUCGCCGGGGCUGGUGCCCAUGCGGCUGGUGCUCUUCCGGGAUGCCAUCGAGCACAUAACCCGGAUCGUGCGGGUGAUCAGCCAGCCGCGGGGGAACAUGCUGCUGGUGGGCAUCGGGGGCAGCGGCCGGCAGAGCCUGGCCCGCCUGGCCUCGUCCAUCUGCGAGUACUACACCUUCCAGGUCGAGGUCUCCCGACAGUACCGCAAGCAGGAGUUCCGGGAAGACAUCAAGCGGCUCUACCGCCAGACCGGCGUGGACCAGAAGCCCACCACCUUCCUCUUCGUCGACACCCAGGUGGCCGACGAGUGCUUUCUGGAGGACAUCAACAACGUCCUCAGCAGCGGGGAGGUGCCCAACCUCUACAAGGCAGACGAGUUCGAGGAGAUCCAGAACCAGAUCAUCGACGUGGCCCGGGCCGAGGGCAUCCAGGAGAGCCUGGACAGCCUCUUCGCCUACCUCAUCGAGAGGGUGCGCAACAACCUGCAUGUGGUGCUGUGCCUCAGCCCCGUCGGGGACCCGUUCAGGAACUGGAUCCGCCAGUACCCCGCCCUGGUGAACUGCACCACCAUCGACUGGUUCGCCGAGUGGCCCAAGGAGGCGCUGCUCGAGGUGGCGGAGAAGUACCUGGAAGGCGUGGACCUGGGGAGCGUGGAGCGGGGCAGCCUGGACACGAUCCACAAGCGUGUGGCCAAAAUCUUCGUGACCAUGCACUGGUCCGUGGCCCGCUAUUCGCAGAAGAUGCUGCUGGAGCUCCGGCGCCACAAUUACGUCACCCCGACCAACUACCUGGAGCUCGUCUCCGGCUACAAGAAGCUGCUGGCGGAGAAGCGCAAGGAGCUCUCGGACCAGGCGAACAAGCUGCGCAACGGGCUGUUCAAGAUCGACGAGACCCGGGCGAAAGUGGAGGUGAUGACGCUGGAGCUGGAGGAUGCCCGGAAGAAGGUGGCCGAGUUCCAGAAGCAGUGCGAGGAGUACCUGGUCAUCAUCGUCCAGCAGAAGCGCGAGGCGGACGAGCAGCAGAAGACCGUGACGGCCAACAGCGAGAAGAUCGCCGCCGAGGAGAUCAAAUGCAAGGCGCUGGCCGACAAUGCCCAGAAGGACCUGGAGGAGGCCCUGCCGGCCCUGGAGGAGGCCAUGAAGGCGCUCGAGUCGCUCAACAAGAAGGACUUGACCGAGAUCAAGUCUUACGGCCGGCCUCCCACCCUGGUGGAGACGGUCAUGCAGGCGGUCAUGAUCCUGCGAGGCAACGAACCCACGUGGGCAGAAGCCAAGAAGCAGCUGGGCGAGCCCAACUUCAUCAAGCAGCUGGUGUACUUCGACAAGGACAACAUCUCCGACAAGGUGCUCAAGAAGAUCAGCGCCUAUUGCUCGCAGCCGGACUUCCAGCCGGACAUCAUCGGGCGCGUCUCCGUGGCCGCCAAGUCCCUGUGCAUGUGGGUGCGCGCCAUGGAGAUGUACGGCCGCAUUUACCGUGUGGUGGAGCCCAAGCGUGCGCGGAUGAACGCCGCCCUGGCCCAGCUGGCGGAGAAGCAGGCUGCCCAGGCCGAGGCCCAGGAGAGGCUCCGGGAGGUUGCAGAGAAACUGGAGAGGCUGAAGAAAGAGUAUGAGGAGAAGCUUGCGCAGAAGGAGGAGCUGCGCAAGAAGUCCGAGGAGAUGGAGAUCAAGCUGGACCGCGCCGACAAGCUGGUCUCCGGCCUGGCCGGGGAGAAGGUCCGCUGGGAGGAAACCGUCAAGGGCCUUGAGGAAGAUCUGGGCUACCUGGUGGGCGACUGCCUCCUGGCGGCGGCGUUUCUGUCGUACAUGGGGCCCUUCCUUUCGAAUUACCGGGACGAGAUUGUCUCGCACAUCUGGAUCAAGCAGAUCCGGGAGCUCCACGUGCCCUGCUCGCCCCGGUUCACAUGCGACAGCUUCCUCUCCAACCCGACGGUCGUGCGCAACUGGAACAUCCAGGGGCUGCCCUCAGAUAACUUCUCCACGGAGAACGGGAUCAUCGUCACGCGCGGGAACAGGUGGCCCCUCAUGAUCGACCCGCAGUGCCAGGCCACGAAGUGGAUCAAGAACAUGGAGAAGAAGCGAGGCCUCAAGAUCAUCGACCUGCAUACGCCCGACUACCUGCGUGUCCUGGAGUCGGCCAUCCAGCUCGGCUCGCCGGUGCUGCUGCAGAACGUGCAGGAGGAGCUGGACCCCACGCUGGCCCCCAUCCUCAACCGCUCCGUCACCAGAGUGGGCGGCCGCCUCCUGAUCCGGCUGGGGGACAAAGAGGUGGAGUACCACCCCGACUUCCGCUUCUACCUGACCACCAAGCUGCCCAACCCCCACUACACGCCCGAGACCUCCUCCCAGACCACCAUCGUCAACUUCGCCGUCAAGGAGCAGGGACUGGAGGCCCAGCUGCUGGGCAUCGUGGUGCGGAGGGAGCGGCCCGAGCUGGAGGAGCAGAAGGACCACCUGGUGCUGAACAUCGCCGCCGGGAAGUGGAAGCUGAAGGAGCUGGAGGACGAGAUCCUGAGGUUACUGAAUGAGGCCACUGGUUCCCUUCUGGAUGACGUCCAGCUGGUGAACACGCUGCAGACCUCGAAGGUCACCGCCACCGAAGUCACGGAGCAGCUGGAGACCAGCGAGAUGACGGAGAUCAAGAUCGACACGGCGCGGGAGGCCUACCGCCCCUGCGCUCAGAGGGCGUCCAUCCUCUUCUUCGUCCUCAACGACAUGGGCAGAAUCGACCCCAUGUAUCAGUUCUCCCUGGAUGCCUACAUUGACCUGUUCAACCUCAGCAUCACCAAGAGCCACCGAAGCACCAAGCUGGACGAGCGGAUCCGGUACCUCAAUGAAUACCACACCUACGCCGUCUACAGGUACACCUGCAGGGGCCUCUUCGAGCGGCACAAGCUCCUCUUCAGCUUCCAGAUGUGCGCCAAGAUCCUGGAAGUGUCCGGCAACCUCAAGAUGGACGAGUACAACUUCUUCCUCCGUGGGGGAGUGGUGCUGGACCGGGAGGGGCAGAUGGACAACCCCUGCCCCAGCUGGCUGGCCGACACCUACUGGGACAACAUCACGGAGCUGGACAAACUCACCAACUUCCACGGCAUCAUGAACUCCUUCGAGCAGUACCCCCGGGACUGGAACCUGUGGUACACCAGCUCCCGGCCCGAGAAGGCGAUGCUGCCAGGCGAGUGGGAGAACUCCUGCAACCAGAUGCAGCGGAUGCUGGUUGUCCGGUCGCUGCGGCCCGACCGCGUGGCCUUCUGUGUCACGGCCUUCAUCGUCUCCAACCUGGGCUCCCAGUUCGUGGAGCCCCCCGUGCUCAACAUGAAGUCGGUGGUGGACGACUCCACGACCAAGACGCCGCUGAUCUUCGUCCUGUCCCCGGGCGUGGACCCCAGCUCCUCGCUGCUGCAGCUGGCCGAGCAGUCGGGCAUGGCCCAGCGCUUCCACGCCCUCUCGCUGGGCCAGGGCCAGGCGCCCAUCGCGACCCGCAUGAUUAAGGACGGGGUCCAUCAGGGCAACUGGGUCUUCCUGGCCAACUGCCACCUCUCGCUGUCCUGGAUGCCGCAGCUGGACAAGGUGGUGGAGCAGCUGCAGGUGGAGGAGCCGCACCCGUCCUUCCGGCUGUGGCUCAGCUCCAGCCCCCACCCCGACUUCCCCAUCUCCAUCCUGCAGGCCGGCAUCAAGAUGACGACGGAGCCGCCCACCGGCCUGAAGGCCAACAUGAAGCGCCUGUACCAGCUCAUCACGGAGCCGCAGUUCAGCCGGUGCACGAAGCCGGCCAAGUACAAGAAGCUGCUCUUCGCCCUCUGCUUCUUCCACAGCAUCCUGCUGGAGCGCAAGAAGUUCCUGCAGCUGGGCUGGAACAUCGUCUACGGCUUCAACGACUCGGACUUCGAGGUGUCCGAGAACCUUCUGAGCCUGUACCUGGACGAGUACGAGGAGACGCCGUGGGAGGCCCUCACGUACCUGAUCGCCGGGGUCAACUACGGUGGCCACGUGACGGACGACUGGGACCGGCGCCUCCUGACCACCUACAUCAACGACUACUUCAACGAGCAAAGCAUCACGGCCCCCUUCUACAAGCUCUCCGUGCUGGACACCUACUACAUCCCCAGGGACGGCAACCUGGCCUCGUACAAGGAGUACAUCAGCCUGCUGCCCAGCAUGGACGCCCCCGAGGCUUUUGGCCAGCACCCCAACGCGGACGUGGCCUCCCAGAUCACGGAGGCCCGGACGCUCUUCGAGACGCUGCUUUCCCUGCAGCCGCAGACCACCCCUGCGGGGGAGGCCGGGCAGAGCCGGGAGGACAAGGUGCUGGAGCUCUCGGCCGACGUGCUCAGCAAGGUGCCCGAGGAGAUCGACUACGAGGGCACCUGCAAGAUGCUGUCCACGGACCCCUCCCCGCUCAACGUCGUGCUGCUGCAGGAGAUCCAGCGCUACAACUCCCUGCUGCAGGUCAUCAGUUCCUCCCUGGUGGAGCUGGAGAAGGGCAUCCAGGGGCUGGUGGUGAUGUCCACGGACCUGGAGGAGAUCUUCAACUGCAUUUUUGAUGCCCGUGUGCCCCCCAUGUGGGAGAGGGCCUAUCCAUCCCAGAAGCCCCUGGCUGCUUGGACCCGGGACCUGGGCCUGCGUGUGGAGCAGUUCGCCCACUGGGCCAAGACCACGCACCCCCCGGUGCUGUUCUGGCUCUCGGGGUUCACCUUCCCGACGGGGUUCCUGACCGCCGUCCUGCAGGCCGCGGCACGCCUGAACAACAUCUCGGUGGACACGCUGUCCUGGGACUUCCUCGUCUCCACGGUGGACGACAACAACCUGGUGUACCCGCCCAAGGAGGGCGUGUGGGUGCGAGGCCUCUUCCUGGAGGGCGCCGGCUGGGACAAGAAGAACUCGUGCCUGAUGGAGGCCGAGGCCAUGCAGCUCGUGUGCCCCGUCCCCACCAUCCACUUCAAGCCCGUGGAGAACAAGAAGAAGAGCGGCAAAGGGACGUACGCCUGCCCCUGCUACUACUACCCCAACCGGGCCGGCACCUCGGGGCGGCCCUCCUUCGUCAUCGGCGUGGACCUGCGCUCCGGAGCCAUGCCGGCGGACCACUGGAUCAAGCGCGGCACAGCCCUGCUGAUGAGCCUGGACACCUGACCCCCCCCCCC